GUUUCAUCUGGUCUUCACAAGAACGCCCUACGAUUGGAAUUUAAUUUUCUCCAUUUACGGAUGAAGAACGGAGAUCAGAACAGUUUCGCUGGCCCCACGUAGCCGUCGCGAGGCUACAACUGCAGGUACACACAGGGCAGCUGUAUGAAACCCCCGCCCCUAGGGUGCGCGGACCUCGGGCAUGCGCAGACCCCGGCGUGCGGAGGCAGUGCGCACGCGCGGACGCUCUCCUCUGAGAUGCUCGGACUACAGCCCCCAGGAUGCACCGGGCAAGGCGACCUCGCAGAGACCUUUUCAAACCGACCAAUAGCAGCCCGCGCCGCGCUCGCCGCUCUGAGUUUAAAUCUAGGGCGGAGGCGUGUCGGCCGGGAGCAGCAGCGGGGACUCUGAGAGCGCUGGGCAUGGAAGGCGGAGACAGCAGCGACGCGCCUCCAGCCCACCGGGCGGGCGAAGCGGAGGUGGAGCGUCCCAGGAAGGAUGGCGGCGUCCUCCUUCUGGCCGACGAAAGCUUCGACUUCGACCUCUCCUUGUCUUCUCUCAGUGCCAAUGAGGACGACGAGGUCUUCUUCGGACCCGUCGGGCACAGAGAGAGGUGCAUCGCUGCCCGGCUGGAGGGAGACACCCCGAGUCCCGAAGCCGGCCGCGUCCGCUGGAGCCCCCUCACCGGGGAGAAGUUCGUGGAGGUGUACAAAGAGGCCCACCUCCUGGCCUUCCAGAUCGAGAGCAGCAGCAGGAGCCAGGCGGCCCACGCUGCGGGGCCCGAGGGCGGCGAGAGGUUCAUCCAGGACUCCAGGUUAAAGAUGAGCCUGUUCGAGAAAGAAAACGAAAGCAGGAAAAGCCCCGGCUCGCUUAAGAGGGAGACGUACUGCCUGUUGGAAGGCCCCUUGAGCGGGCCGAAGCUGUCGGGUGUGCAGCCUGCCUCGGGCGUGGAGCCUGCCUUGGGCGUGGGUCCCCGGAGCACCGCGGCCCAGGCCCAGCUCACCCGGACUCGGGGGCCCCUGCCCCCUCCCCGUCCCUCCCUGCCCCUGGACCCCAGUCCCGUCCGCCCUCUGAGCCAGGCAGCGACUCAGAAGAGGGUCGUCAGCAGACUGCCGCCGCCCCGAGCGUCUGUCAGAGGGAAGAGCGUGCACUUGGCCGUGGAGAAGGAGACACCAGCGAGUCCUUCCAGGGCGAAAACCCCGGCUGUGAAGGAGUCCCAGGGGGACAGGCCCCUGGACACGCCCAGCGCUGCCCAGGACGUCACCGGCGUGCCAGCCCGGGGAGGCCCCCUGGGCCUGGGCAAGCGAGCACUCUCUGUGCCCAGCAAGGUGGGUCUGAAGAGAACCGCGCUGAAGCCCCCCGGCUGUGCGGCUGGUCUGGCGAGAAAGCCCGGUGCCCCAGGGGGCUUUUCGGGCAGGAGCUCCAGAGCGUGCCCGUCCCCCGUGGGGAGCACAGGUACAUCAGGGGGACGUCGGAGCGUCUCUGCAGAAGGUUCCCGGCCUCCCUCGGACCCCGGCCAGCCAGGCCCAGCGGGGGCCGCCGCGGCCCCGCCGUCCCUGCAGGCCCGCCCUGCGGCCGUGUGCGGGCAGAGCUGGUGCCCCGGGCGGCCCGCGGCGCCCACCACGUCGGCUCUCCCCCAGCCCCAGACGCCCGAGGAGCGGCGAGGUGCGAGGCUGAGCUCCCAGCCCCGUCUGCCCGGGUCUGCUCGGCGGAGUGUGGCCGGGGGUGCCAGGCGGGAGUCCUCUCUGCACUCCGGGACGAAGGCCGUGCCUGCCCCUGCGAGUCCCUUUAAAGUCCCUAAGUUUCCUGCUGGUGGACCCCCGGACAGCGCGACGCCCCGGCUCUCUCGGGCACCGAGGCCGCAGUCCUGCACGUCGACGGGGAGGGCUGUCCACGGCACUCCGGCGCGGCGUGCCUCGGGGCCCGUCUCCCGGACUCCCGUGAGUGCGCCGCGGGUGGCCGCCCUGCUCACACCCGCCGGCCGCCGGCUCUCAGGCCUUCCGGUGCUGACGCCGAGGACCCAGCCCAGGACCCUGGCAUCUCCCCAGCGUGGUUCUGCUCGGCGCCUCUCUUCCGAGCCCCGGAGAAGGUCUGCAGGGAGACCAACUCUCAGCCCACGCAGCAGCCCCACCUGCCCCCAGAAAUUCCCUCACGUGUCCCCCAUACCCUGCAGGCCUGCGCCCGGGAACCAGUGCUCGGACGAGUCCUCCGAUGGGAGCUUUUCUCCUCUGGCGGCCGUGCCGCAGGCUCUCAGCUUCUCUCCAGAAAAGAGUGACUUCGCCCUCCCUACCAGCGUCGCGGCAGCACAAGCACCGGACCAGGCACAGCCCCCUGCGGAUGCGGCCCCGGCCGAGGUCCUGCUGGUGGACAUCCCGCUGGAGCGGCUGUGCAUCGCCCCCGCCUCUCGGAGCUCCCCGCCCGCCGACGUGGCUCUCAUUGACUUCCGCAGCCCCCCGGGGGCCGGUGGGCCCCUGAUCGACCUCUUGGUGAACACUCCGGACCCGGACAGGAGCGCCGUGGCCAAGCUGCUCCCCCACGUGGGACAGCUGGUGGACCCGUGCGCCCCGCUGAUCCAGCUGAGCCCCGAGGCCGACAAGGAAAACGUGGACUCACCGCUGCUCAAGUUCUGAGCGCAGCCGGAGCCUGGCAUGUCGCCCGCUGUCACAAGAACUGCCCGUCCUCGGGCAGUCUGGGACCCUCAGAGAUGAGUUUUAGGAGACAUUGUGUCGGAAACACCCAAGGGAAACCGCUGUGCUCGGCGUCGGGGGCUGAGGGAGCGGGGCGAGCCCGUGCCCGCCCGGCAGGUCCAGCCCUGCCACCCCUCCCUACGCCGGCGGGACUCAGAAGCCCCCCAGAUGGGAGUUGCUUUGAAUGUGUUUUUAUGUAAAAUAGCAAGUCACUGUUUUAAAAACUAGGUUUAUUACAUGAAAAGUUAAGUAUUCUAGACUUAAGUUGUAAAUGAAAAUAUAUUAAAGCAUAUCUUGAUUUUCACAUAC